CACCAGGAAAUAUGGCGGCGCUCAUGACGCUCAGUCAGCUCUCGGGUGGAAACCCAGCCUAUGAACACUACUACAGACAGCUGGAUCCUGGGAACACAGGCAGAAUAUCAGCUGUAGACUCGGCUCAGUUCCUUAAGAAGUCCGGGCUGUCGGACAGCACAUUGGGGAAGGUUUGGGAUUUGGCAGAUUCGGAACGUAAAGGAUAUCUGGAUAAGAGGGGUUUCUUCAUCGCUUUGAGACUGGUGGCCUCAGCACAGGGGGGAAAUGACAUCAGCCUCAACAACCUCAACCAAAUCCUAGCGGCACCGAAAUUUAAAGACAGCAGCAGCCCAUUGUUAAGUGCUCCCACGACAGCGCCUGACUCGCAGUGGGCAAUAAGGCCUGAUGAAAAAGGAAAGUUUGAGGGUAUUUUUGAGAGUCUGGGUCCUGUGAAUGGUCUCCUCCCCGGGGAUAAAGUCAGGCCCGUUCUGAUCAACUCCAAGCUACCUCUGGAUGUGUUAGGAAAGAUUUGGGACCUAAGUGAUGUCGAUAAAGAUGGACUUUUGGACAAAGAUGAGUUCACAGUGGCCUUGCAUCUGGUGUACCGAGCCAUGGAGAUGGAGCCCGUCCCAACGAGCCUACCCACUUCCCUCAUCCCCCCUUCCAAAAGGAAGAAGUCUGCCGGUGCCAUGCCCGGUGCUGUGGCUGUGCUGCCGGGUCUCGCGGGGUUUCCAUCCGGCCACGGUCUUUUCAAAGACUCCUUGCGAAGCACUCCUCCUCUGAGCAGCCCUACUCCCCUCAGCGUCAGUGCCGUGAACCUCUCUCCACAACACUCCUUCAAAUCCAGCACACAGCCGGCGGUGAACUGGGUGGUGCCGGUGGCCGACAGGGAGCGAUAUAAAGACAUUUUCAAUCAAACAGACUCAGACGGUGACGGCCUGGUCACUGGCACAGAGGUGAUAGAGAUCUUUAUGCAGUCCAGUCUUUCCCAGACAAUGUUGGCGCAGAUAUGGGGAUUGGCUGACACUAAACGGACUGGAAAGCUGAACCAUGAGCAGUUCUCUCUGGCCAUGUAUCUGAUUCAGCAGAAGGUCACUAAAGGUGUCGACCCACCCUCCAGUCUCACCCCAGACAUGAUUCCCCCCUCAGAAAGGACUGGAACAGCAGCAACGGUUCCCAGCUAUGGGGGCCUUCUGUCCUCUGUGAGGCCUGAACCUGCUGCACUUGCCAGUAUGCGCAGAGACAGCAACAGCUCCACAGGGUCGGCCGAGCUGACAGGCAUCAGAGAGCUGGAUGACCUCGGUCAGGAAAUAACUCAGCUGCAGAGAGAGAAAUUCAUCCUGGAGCAAGAGAUCAGGGAAAAGGAGGAUGCCAUCAAGCAGCAAAACAGUGAAGUUCAGAAUAUGCAGAAUGACUUGGACAGGGAAGGCAGCAGCCUGCAGGACCUGGAUUCCCAAAAGCAGGAUUCCCAGGAGCGUCUGGAGGAGAUGGAUCAGCAGCGCUCCAAGCUGGAAGGGAUGCUCAACGACAUCAAGAUGAAGUGCCAGGAGGAAUCUCAAAUGAUAUCGUCCCUGCAGAGCCAGAUCCGCUCUCAGGAGAGCGACGUCCAGAGCAGGGAGGAUGAAAUGAGCCGCACCAAGGCAGACCUGAGCCGGCUGCACGAUGAGGAGGUCCAGCUGGAGCAGAGCCUGCUCUCUGGUCAGGUCCAGCUGGACAGCAUCAUCAAGUCGCUCAAAACCACCCAGGAAGAGAUCAACCAGGCUCGCAGCAAGUUGUCAAUGAUCCACGAAAACCAGAAGGAGAUGACCAAGACCAUUGAGCAGUACAACAGUGCCUUGAGCGACAUCAAUGGAGGAAACUUCAGCAACCUGCCGGACUUAAGUGAAGGUUUCGACUUGAAGGAGAACGGUGGAUUCAGGGGCACGGAUGAUUCUUUCAAGUCGAAAAUCGCCAUGUUCAACACCAGCAAUGCUAAAGAGGCACCAGCUGACCCCUUCCAGACAGAAGACCCCUUUAAGUCCGACCCCUUCAAAGAUCCAUUUGGAGCAGACCCUUUUAAGGAGAGCGAUCCCUUCAAAGGCACCUCAUCUGAAGAUUUCUUUAAGAGGACGGAUAAGUCAGACUUGUUCGCAUCCUCAGAACCCUUCGGAAGAAAACCCUCACUGCCAGCCAAGCCAAGUGCCUUCAGCGGCGGUGAUCGCUUCACAUCAAACAGCCCGAAGCCAAACGUUUCAGAAGUGUUUGGGAAAGUGGACCCUUUUCGAAGCCAGUCGUUUGGAGGCAAAGGAGGUGGUUUUGCUGACUUUAGUCAGAUGUCAAAGAAACCAGACAACCCAGUGCUCCCAUCAAAGAAAAGUGUGCCUAACCGACCUGCACCUCCCUAUGUGGGUGUGCUCGGUUCGGGUGCGUCAGAGCCGUUCCAGAGUGUUUGCUCCGCGGCCGACAGUAAACACUCUAAUGUUUCGGCAGACUCGAGUAAAACAUCCAAAGACUGUCCUGUGGGUUUUGCACAUUUUGACUCUGAUCCGAACAUGUCAAGUUUGGAAGUGAGAACCAGCAGCUGGAAUGGGCCAAGCAGGAGAGUCAGCGGGCGGAGCAGGACCGGCUGAGGAGGCUCCGGCUCCAGGAGCAGCAGGACCUGGAGCUCGCCAUCGCCCUCAGCAGGGCCGACAUGCCCAGUGCCUGACCAGGCACGCCCCACCGCAGCUUUCCAGUCCUCUUCCUCUUGCCUUACAAUCCUCCGUCCUCUGGCGCAAGACAACAGCACCGACGCUGGCCCGACAUGACUAGCCCCUGUUACCAAUUUGUGCAAGACACCAGUGUUUCCCCCCCCGUCAAAUGACUCCACAUUUAGCCACCGGUUAAGGUUCAUUGCUCCCAAACUACAUGGCAACUAUAAUCAGGGACAAUACGGAGCCACUUGAUUUAAGCCUGGCUUCAUCCUGCAAGACCAGAGCGAUUUAACGAAACCCAAACCAGAAGGCUUCUCCACUACAACCUAAAUCUAGCUCCAUAUCUCGUCAUGGUUAAUCACCCUGCCUUAACCAAAAGCCUGUAUGUUGCAAAAAAAAAAAAGAAACGGCAAUCUUAAGAAUAUUUUACCAUUUUUAUUUGUGUACAAAAGCAAUGAAUCUGUUGAGUAUGAAGGACUUGCAGAGUGCGCUGUAUAAACUGUUUUAUAUAACCUUUGAUUACUCCGAAAAAGUAAUAUUGAAAGUCAAACCAAUACAGGCUAACAACUCUGUUGGCGUGAGUUUGUGCGAGAGUUCUGUUCAUAAACUGUAAAUAUUGAUAGUUUUAUUUCCAAGUCCAUCUCACAGGACUAGAUUUUAGUUAUUUGGCAUGAACAUGGCAUGAUUUAGAUUUUCAUUUCAAACGUUACAAGUGUUUCCUUACAAUUCAAAAUGCAUAUCUUAUAUUUAUGGCCUUAGAGUCUGUGGAUUGAAGAAACGUUUGAAAAUAAUCAAACCGGAACAUACAUGUCAAUGUAGAAGUUGUGAUGAUUUGGGAAACUGAUGAGCAUUUUAUUCCUUUAGCAAAGCUUCAGCUAGUUAACUUCUUGUGUUUAGAGUCAUUAGGACGGUAGAGAUAAUCAUGGAGGUCUUCCUUUCUCCUGAAUCCAAGUUCAGUCGGUUUCCCCUGGAGCGCUGUUGAUCCGCCCCCCUCUGAUGUCAGCUGGUUUGUCAUUGGCUGCCUUGUUGUAACGCCCAAACAACCUGCACUCCCAUACAACUAAAAGCCUCUAUCAAAUGGACAAAGUGUAAACCUACGUUGUUUAUUCUGGUGCUGUUACAUUUUAGAUUUAUCCUCUUUUUACAUCCUUUUCUUCUUCUUCUUCACAUCAUGCACUCAUGCACAGUAAGGUCUGCUCUUUAGCAAGUUUUUAGCUUUUUGCUCCAAUCAACCAUUGGAUUGUUAUUUUUAAAGCUCUGUGUCUUUUCUGUGCAUUAAUAUCUAACGAUCCAGUUGAGGGACAUUUGUGUAAACGCCCUUACACGGCUUCCUUGUAGUUAUCAAACACUAAUCAGGUUUAUUCGGCACAUGAUGUAGGCACUGUAUAUUCCAGCUCCUACUGGACAAGGUGGCAUUGCCUUAUUUAUCCACAUAUCAACAUUUUAACGUUAUAUUGCAAAGUAUGUGAUGAUGAUAUAUAUAUAUAUAUAUAUUAAACAAUUCUUAGAGCUGCUCAGAAGUGUACUAGCUUUUAAUUGAAUAAAAGUGAUUUUUAACAUUA